GAUACCUACGGUCGCGAGUGGACUCCCCCGACUUUCACCAUGAAGGAGAUUUACGAGGCUAUUCCCGCUCACUGCUUCGAGCGCAGCAAUCUUCACUCCUACAUGUUCGUCGCUCGCGACUUCUUUUACAUUAUUUGUCUCGGUCUCGCGGCUAGCCAGAUCUACCGCUUGGAGAGCGCUGCUUUGAGGUUUUUGGCGUGGACCGUCUACUCUAUCCUUCAGGGUAUGGUCGGUACCGGUAUCUGGGUUUUGGCCCACGAGUGUGGUCACCAGGCUUUCUCUCCCUCCAAGACCAUCAACGAUGCCACUGGCUGGGUUUUGCACUCUUUCCUUCUUGUUCCUUACUUCUCCUGGAAGUUCUCCCACGGAACUCACCACAAGAACACCGGUAACCUCGACCGCGACAUGGUUUUCGUCCCCAAGUCCAAGUCUGAGAAGAUUGCGAACAAGGGCGCUAAUCCCGCUGAGUUCGCUGAGGAGCACAACGAGAACGGUUUCUUGCACUUGGUUGAGGAGACUCCCUUGGCUACCUUUUCCAACGUUCUUGUGCAGCAGUUGUUCGGAUGGCCGAUGUACCUCUUCACUGACGUCACCGCUGGGCCCAAGUACCCCGAUGUUCCCAAGCACAAGAUUAACCAUUUCCACCCUGACUCUCCUCUCUAUCGUCCCGAGCAGUUCUGGGCCAUCGUUGCUUCCGACAUCGGUGUUGGUCUCACUUUGACCGCUCUCUACUUUGCCGCCCAGACUUUCGGCUGGGCUAACGUUGCACUUUACUACGGUGUCCCUUACCUCUGGGUUAACCACUGGCUCGUCAUGAUCACCUUCCUUCAGCACACCGACCCCUCCCUCCCCCACUACCGUGGCAAGGCCUGGAACUUUGCCCGUGGUGCCGCUGCUACCAUCGACCGCGACUUUGGCUUCAUCGGCCGUCACAUCUUCCACGGUAUCAUCGAGUACCACGUCGCUCACCACUACAUCUCCCGUAUCCCUUUCUACCACGGUGAGGAGGCCACCAAUGCUAUCCGCAAGGUGAUUGGCGAGCACUACAUGCGUGACGACACCAACUUCUUCUUGGCGUUGUGGAGGUCCGCUAGAAUGUGCCAGUGGGUCGCUGAUAAGGGUGAGAUCGUCUUCUUCCAGAAUGCGAACGGAUUGGGC